GGCACUGUUGGCGGGAGGCCGGCCCUCCAGAGCCCGGCUCCCUCCCCGGGUUUCCCUAGACUCCCCGGCCCAGAUUCCCCACGGUCCCAGACCCAGACCCGCCUCGGGAAGCCUGGGGCCUCUGGGCAGGGGCGCUCUCCCAGCCUGGCUAGUUUGGGCCCAACUCUGGGCAGGCCCUCCAAGUGUCCCUCGGCCCAUUCUCGGAUUUCAGACCUGCUCGGAGGCGCCUGUGCCUGGAGCCCAGAGGUCCUGGGUCCUGGGUGAGGCCCGUGUUGACCUCUGACCCCUGAAGCCUCAGUCCUCUACUAUUGGUUUGUGGAGCUUUGGGCAUCGAGAAAGCCCACGUGGAGGGCACGCCUAGGAGCUGGGGACACUCUGGCUGGGCCUUGCUGUGGGCCCUUGCGCUAACUGCCCAGAAGGUGGUGGCUUCUCUUUCCUCCCCUGCCCUCAGAAUGCCUCGGCCAGGGAGGCCAUGGCCUGCUCUAGAGCGGGCAGGGCAGUGGCCUGGGGUCCCUCUGAGGCCUCAGCCCUGCCCCAUCCUUCCUUGAGGGCUGCAGCCCUAAGCCCUGUCGAAGUGACAAGGUGACAGAGGCAGCCUCAGCAGGUGGCCAGAGCGGCCCCUCCCCGCCCCAAAGGCUGGGAGUCCCAGGGCCUUCUCAGGCUUUGUGUGGCACUGUGGCCACACAGCAGAUGUUGCGCGUGGCCUGAGUCCCACCGAGGGCUGUGUAUCCUCUCCCAGGCCUGGCCACGCAGGAUCGCUUUGAAGGGGAAGAGCUCCCCAUCACUGGAGACAGCCAAGUCCCUGUGAGUGCAGGGCCUGACCCCUCGCCCUCGGGAGCAUGGCAUCAGCCUUUGAGAGGGUGGUCAAGAGCGUGGUCCGGGAGCUGGACCACGGCAGGGAACUGACCCCUGUCAAGAGCCUGCAGACCUCUGACCGCUUCCAGCCCUACUGCCUUCUGGGCAGGAAGCCCUCGAGUUCAUGGUUCUGGAGACCCCGCUACACAUGUGUCGACCUGUCCAUCUGGGACAUCCUGGAGCCCAGUGCCCCGGAGCCAGCUGUGGAGCGUGGCGGCCCCUUCUACUUCCAUGACACUAUGGAUGGGCAGCUGCAAGGCCAGGUGGAGCUGGCGGCCCCAGGACAGGGGAAGUUCUCAGGCGGGGCCGCGGUGUCCGGCAGCUCCAGCGCCUCGAUGAACGUGUGCACUCUACGAGUGGCCCCCAACACCUGGGAAGCCAUGCACCUUGAAAGGCGCCUGCGGCAGCCUGAGCACAAAGUCCUGCAGCAGCUGCGGAGUCGCGGGAACGAUGUGUUUGUGGUGACGGAGGUGCUCCAGACGCAGAAGGAGGUGGAGGUCACGCGGACCCACAAGCAGGAGGGCUCGGGCCAGUUUGCCCUUCCUGGAGCUGUGUCCUUGCAGGGCCAGGGCCAGGGCCACCUGAGCCGGAAGAAGACGGUCACCAUCCCCUCGGGCAGCGUCAUUGCAUUUCGGGUGGCCCAGCUGGUGAUUGGUUCUGACUGGGACAUCCUUCUCUUCCCGGACAAGAAGCAGCGAACCUUCAGGCCACUGCGGGAAGGCCACAGCGCCUCCCACCGUGCAGAUGGGCAGCCGCCGCAGGUCCCCCGCCUCGUCUCCAGGAUGAGCUUCCCCUCUGAGCACCUGAAGUUCCAGUCAGAUGGGCCCGCGGAGGACCAGCUGGUGAUCACCGAAGACUUCCAGGGCCUGCAGGCCGAGGUGGACGCCUGGGCUGCGGGCCUGGAGGCCUUGUCCAGGGAGCCAUGUAGGCAGCUGCUGGGGGGCCUGGGGCAAGUGCUGCAGGAUGAGCCCACCCUGCAAGCCCUGGAGGACGCGCUGGAGCAGGGCCUGUGCGGUGGGCUGGUGGAGCCUCGGGAUGGUCCAGUGGGUGCCGUGCUCGAGUGCCUGGUGCUGGCCUGCAGAAGGCUGGAGAGGGAAGUCGUUGGCCCCAUCUUCUACCUGGUACAGGCUCUAGCUGUGCUGAAUGAAACCCAGCAUGUGCUGCUGGCGAAGGUGCUGGAGACGGGGGCCCUGUCCAGCGCACUCACGCUGGUGGGGAGUCUUCUGGAACAGAGUGCCCCAUGGCAGGAGCGCAGGGCCGUGUCCCUGCCACCCACGCUGCUGGGGAGCAGCUGGGGCUCAGAGGCACCCAUCUGGGCCCUGCUGGAGGAGUGUGGCCUAGAGCCACAGGUGGGCGCCGCUCAGGUGUGCUGGGAGCCAGAGGCCCAGAGCUGCACGUGUGCACUUUAUGCCUGCCUUGCACUGCUGCUAAGGCUCAGCCAGCUCUGCUAGUCCUAGCCGGACAGAGCUCGGGCCCAGCCGGCUGCCGGGAGCCAAACCCAGCCAUGUGGCAGCUCAAGGCCUGGAAGUUGGGGAAAGCCAAUAAAUGCAGACCCAGGAAAAACGGCUCACCGAA